UAGAACUAGAGGGAUCCACGAAGGAGCAUCUGCCACAACUGUCUAUGCUAUGUCAGGUUCCACUGGGCUAUUAUGCACACUAGCGGGAGGCAGGUGACUAACGUGAUGUGAAUGCCUGGAAAGCCUGCGAUUAGCACCACAAGAGAUAUUCAUGAAUUCCUUUCCUAUGAAAAAUUUAGAGCCUAACAAAUGAAGCACACGUUUAUCUCCUUCCCUUUCAAGAUGCCAGUGAAACAGAAAUUUACAAAUAUCAUAGACAAACAUAAUAAUAAUCAUGAUGAAAAUAAGAGAGGAGAUGUCGGUGGAUAGAUGAGAGAUUUUAAAGAACUUUGGAAGACAAAGUAGAAGGUAGCAGGUUGAAGAAUGAAAUAGGUAGAAGAAACCAGAACACUGAAGCUAUAAUGGAUGAUUUUCCAACAUAAGCCCUGGAGUUAUUGCUCAGCAUAUGCAGGCCAAAAUGACCACCCUUCCCUCACCACCCACAACACGUCCAAAGCUUAUGGCUUUAGCCGUACAGAAGCUGCCGUGUUCCUCUGGGGCAAUUUCAAGGUCUCAACUGAUCAAAGAAAAAAAUGACAUAGAUCAUUACCUGGAGGUGAAUUUCAAAGGACUGUCAAAAGAGAAGGUUGCUGCUUACAGGAAUUCGUACAGGAAGAACGUCUGCGUGGAGAUGCUGCGAGACGGCUACCACAAGUCCUUCGCCGAGGUCUUCGGUCUGAUGGAGCGAUGGGAUGUGCUGAGGGAGGCGGCGAGAGUGAGGUCCGUCUUCUGGCUGCAGAAGCCCCUGGAGCAGCAGCCGGACAAACUAGAUUUCCUCUACCACUACCUGACCAGGGCUGAGGCCGCCGAGCGGAAAGGAUCCCUCGAAGGUGUAUAUAAUAACUUGUAUAUUCUGGCCUGUUACUUCGAUAAUCCUGAAGACAAGUGGGUGAGGAACCACUUCUAUGAACGAUGUUUUCACGUUGCACGACUGAUCAAGUUUGACGGUGGCAAGAGAGAAGCAGAGGCGCAAGCGCACUUGGGCCUUCUCUACGAGGAAGCCGGUCAGCUUCUGGAGGCUGCUGAGCAUUAUGAAGCAUUCCAUCAAUUGACACAGGGGCGGAUAUGGAAGGAUGAGACAGGCCGCUUUCUCAACUUGUUGGCCUGCGAAAGUCUCCUGAGGACUUACAGAUUACUCUCAGACAAAAUGCUGGAAAAUAAAGAAUACAAGCAGGCCAUCAAAAUUCUAAUAAAAGCUUCGGAAAUAGCCAAAGAAGGAAAUGACAAAAAGAUGGAAGGAGAAGUUUCCUAUUACUUAGGCUUAGCACACUUGGCUGCUGAAGAAUAUGAAACUGCAUUAACAGUCCUCAACACUUACAGUAAAAUCUCCACAGACCUAAAUGAUGAUCUUGGCCUGGGGAGAGCCUAUGAAGCCAUAGCCAAGGUCCUGCAGAGCCAAGGAGAAAUGACAGAAGCAAUUAAAUACUUGAAAAAGGUUGUGGAAAUUGCAAGAAACAAUUUUCAAAGCCUAGAUAUUGUGAGAGCAAGUACAAUGCUCGGGGACAUCUAUAAUGAAAAAGGUCAAUACAACAAAGCUUCUGAGUACUUUCAGCAAGCUUUUGACACAACGGUAGAGCUAAUGAGCACGUCUCUGAUGGAGGAAACGCAAGUUCAUUACGGAAUAGCCAAAGCUCAUCAGAUGAUGCUGACAAUGAACACUUAUAUAGAAUCUCAAGAUCUCUCCAGCCUUGACCUCUUGCUGUCAUGGAAGGAGAGCAGACGUGACGUUGAACUUGAUCUGGUUACUGGAGUGUCUAGAAGAUCCACAGAAGAAAAUGUGUCUCAAAGCUCAGAACAUUUGGAAGCCCCCAACGGAUUUCCAGGUAAUCACAAUGAUGAGACUUAAAGCGGCUUCUAACCCAAUGUAAAUGCAAGAAUAAAGUUAUCAUGUCACCAAAGACCUCAUUCCUAUAGUGGGAGCAUGUUACCAGUAAUGCAGAAUUGUAAGAAAACUGCAGCUGUGCUUUUAUCAGAAGUUAUUUUGCAGUGCACUAGUUAAUUUUAGUCUAUAACAUCCAAACCCCAGAAAAUAUAAUGUAUUUUAAACACUUAGAAACAUCAGAAGUUAUCCAUAAAAUAAACUGUAAAGUUUCUGCUCUUACCCAUUGCUCCACAGGAAAUAUCACAGAAUCAAAGUUCAAUUGUUUCUGAUGAGGAAAUAGUUACAAGCCUAGGGAACUAUUUCAUACUGAAUAAAUGCAUGAGAGUAUUCACUGAAGUCACAGUGAUGCUUUGUAACAUGGAUAGGAGGAUCACAGCUCAUAAAAAUGGCUAUGUUAAAUAUUGUUUUCUUUACCUGUUUGAUUUACUUCAUGAUGCUUUUAGGAAGUCGUAUAUAACCUAACUUAUUCAUAUCUAUUUUAAAAGUUUAAGAGAGUCCUUCUGCCUCAGGGCCCUUCUCUAAUAUGUUUUUGCAAAUGAAAAGAUAAAGCUGAAAUGCUUACAUGUAUAAUUUCUGGAUAUCUGCAAUUCUAGGGAAUCCUAGGUAACAAAUGUCAUACAGUAACAAGAACAAAGAGUUUUAUUUGCAUUUAGCCUUGGUCAAUAAACACUUUAAUGCUGGCUCCUUUUCAAGCUUUGUGAUUGAGGAAUAGGACUAACUCUGGAAUACAGCACAGAGACAUUCUGCUUUUCUUAUAAGACAUAGUAAGUGAAGCAUGAACAUUCUACCAAAGAGGGGAUUUAAUGCAGCAAUGCUACAAAUACAACUCAGUGAGAGUAUCGAAAAAUUGGUGAGUAGGGGAUAUGGAGAAAAGGUGUCUUUAUUUGUUGUUCAUUCCAUCAACAGAAAGACAGGAAGUCAGACAAAACAAAAUCAGAGAUCUUGUGAAGGAAGAGACAUUAAGACCGGAUCUUCUACAGUGAUCACCAGGUCUUCUUCUUCCAGAAAUUUUCUACUUUUUCUAGGAAUAGUCAACUGUCAAGAGUGUUGCUUUCCAUAAAGAGAGAUUCAUGAAAUGGAAGACAACAUUCUGAAAUUGGCUGAAUUGUAUAUAAAACUUUAGCAUAUAGUAAAGGUUGUAUUUUAGCACAGUGGAAAAGAGAGGGACCACAUAGAGAAUCUGAGACCACUGGUUAUCUAACCCAGAAACAGAAUCCACAGGAUGUUCCUUAUCUGACUCCAUGGAAGCAGGCUGAACUACAAAAUAGUAGAACUGCACAGGGGAAUAUCCUUCUAGUUUUGAGUUGGGGAGCACCUUUCUGAGCAAGAAAUCAAGGUCAGAUGAAAGCAAUUCUACAAUAUAUGUGUCUACACUAAAAAGAUACACACAGGAGCAGAGGGGUGAAUAGACAUAAUGUACAAUAGAUGCAUGUAUGAAAAAUGCUACAGUGAAUUCCAUCAAUUUAUAAAAUGAAUAUGUAUUAAUAAAUGUUAUAGAGAAAAUUGUACUGCUUUUCUUAUAACAUGUGGUAAUUGAAGCCUAAGCACUCUGCCAGUGAGGUGAUUUUACUCCUCCUAAAGAUGAAAAAUUCAUUAAAUAAAAUUAAAAGACCAAAGUCAGAGCAGAAGAAUUUGCAGCCACCAAAACCUAAAAGCUAAUUCCCAUAAAAUACAAAUAAUUUCUGGCACAAAAAAAUAUUUAAUAAGAAGAAAGGAAAGAGGA